AAAUACCUAUCCAAAAUGCUUGUUUCCUCACACAAGCCAAGUGAUUGCCGGCAUCUUGAAGAAAUUGUAAGUGACGGCCGUAGAGAAGUAGAGAAGUCACCACCGAUACUAGCAGUACAAUCAGCACAAUCAAAUACUACUACAAUAUACAUCUACUGCAACAACACUUUGCCUUAUCCGGGUAAUAUAGUUGUUGUUGCUUUUCUUAAAAAAUUCAUUAUGUAUAAAAUAACAAAAGUGUAUUUGUACACGAUGGGUUUGAAUACUCGAAUACUCCAGCUACGACUGCGCAAAGAGUCGACGAUCUUGAUAUGUUAUCGAGAAAUUAGUCAGUUCUGAAGUUGCUACGAAACUGGCAAGACAACAUACGCAACUAAUUGGUUUCGUUUCGGAAAUUGGAAAUCGUGCAAUUCGGCCGUUAAGCAUAGAAUGACUGUGUUGUAUGAUAAUGGUGUGAAAUUUAAAAUUUUCGUAUUUGAAUAUGAACAAAAAGAAAAAUAAAUUUCAAUAAAGUUUUAAAAAACAAAUUGAAAAAAAUAUAGUAUUUUAUUAGUGAACUAGUAACGCUUACUCCAAGUGAAGAGCAUCCAUCAUAAGCGUCAAUUAUAAUUAAGAUUAGUGAAACAAAAUAUCAAAAUUUACUAAGAAAAUCUCAUAGACGCCAAGGAAGCGCUUAUUUAUAAAAAUAAAAAAGGAUUUGAAGAAAACAAUGACUGUAACUGCAUUUGCUGCCGCAAUGCACAGACCCUUCUUUAAUGGAUACGCCACCAUGCAAGACUCGGGCCAGGGUCGCGUCAAUCAAUUAGGUGGUGUGUUCAUAAACGGUCGUCCAUUGCCGAACAGCAUUCGUUUGAAGAUCGUUGAAAUGGCUGCCGAAGGUAUCCGACCGUGUGUUAUAUCACGACAGUUGCGUGUUUCACACGGUUGUGUGUCGAAGAUCCUCAAUCGUUAUCAGGAAACUGGUUCGAUACGGCCGGGUGUUAUUGGCGGGUCUAAGCCACGUAUAGCUACACCAGAAAUUGAGAAUCGUAUUGAGGAGUACAAACGUCAGAAUCCCAGCAUAUUUUCGUGGGAAAUAAGAGAUAAACUGAUACGCGAUGGCAUAUGUGAUCGCACAACUGCACCAUCCGUUUCGGCUAUUUCACGUUUAGUACGUGGCCGCGAUGCACAAAACGAUGAUGAUGUGCAGAAAACACACUCCGGCUCAGAACAUUCCCACAAGCAUUCUGAUGACGAUGCGUCUGAUUGUGAAAGCGAACCGGGCAUAGCGUUGAAACGUAAACAGCGUCGCAGUCGCACUACCUUCACAGCCAUGCAGUUGGAGGAGUUGGAACGCGCUUUCGAACGCACACAAUAUCCAGAUAUUUAUACACGCGAAGAGUUGGCGCAACGCACAAAUCUCUCGGAAGCACGCAUACAGGUAUGGUUUAGCAACAGACGCGCACGUCUGCGUAAGCAGAAUACUUCCGGCUCACCGACGAGCAGCGGCAGCGUUAAUGGCCUGUCUGGCGGAGUAGGCAGCGGCGGCGGUUAUCAACUGCCACCAGUUGCAGCAGCUGCCGCGGCGGCGAAUAAUUAUGCAGCAGCAGCCGCAGUUGCGGGCAUGCUGCCGUCCGUCUCCUCGGAGGCAACGGCAAUGGCAGCAGCAUAUCAACAACAAGUGUACGACUUCUAUGCAGGACAUCCUACUGCGCCGGACGGUGCUAUGCCCUGUGGUACUUCAACGCCACAUCAAUUCUAUAAUAACGCUGCGAACUACAACUUAUCCACACAUAACCUAACCAUAAGUAAUGGUGCGCACGUGUCAGCAAUUGGUGGCGUCCAACACAGUGGUGAUAUGAGUGCAACACUACAAUCGCAAUAUCAAUCUAUUUCGCCAUUAAUGCGCGCGAAUAGUAACACUAACACUAACAACAGCAGCAGCAGCAGCAGCAACAACAGUAACAAUAACACAAAUAUAAGUCUCUGCCAAGGAGUUAAUAAUCUAAAUCUGAACUAUACAACUGCAGCGGCAACGGAAGCGAACCAACUCAUGUCGCGCGAUGCAAGUCCCAAUGAGUCGGUUUCGCCCUCCUUUGGCAGUAAUGCCAACAAUAGUGGCAUACAAUUGCCACCAACACCGAAUAGUCUGAACACCGCCAUCAGCGGCAACCCAUCUGAUGAAUUAGAAAGUGGGAUUAAAAGCGAAUCACAACAAUUGCAACAACUUUAUGGUAGUUGGAAUGCAUCACAUUCGCAAUCACAACAACAGCAACAACAACAACAACACCAACUGUCUACAAAUGCCACAACGCGUCCCAACGCACCGAUCUCGCCAGAGGACUCCUUAAACUCCAGCUCGUCUCAAGUAGCCGAUGCGACGGCGCAUAUGAUGUUCCAUCAUCAACGUGAUUUUACGCACAAUCACUCUCAGUAUGUACCACCGACGCCACCAUCCUUCCAUACACAUACACAUGCACAUGCGCAUCAUCACGCUGCUGCAGCCGCGCAAUACGCCGCCUCAUCACAUUUGGGCUUCCAUCACAGCACGUCUGCGGCCAACAUGAGCUCUAGCACGAACGCUGGCACGUCACACUUUAUGCAGCAGAGCUACGGAAGUGCGGGAUUUAGUUCGCCAUCGAAAAUGAAUUAUCCCACAGUGCCGCAGCCCUUCUAUCCUUCUUGGUACUAGGAUGUAUGGGAGGAUAUUAUUCCAUCACGAAACAACUGUAGAUAUUAUUGAUAUUAUGAUUCGUUAGUUUUCACCAGCGCAUGCAUGUAUAUUAUACUUUAUUUAUGUUUUCUGGCUAUUGUCCUAUAAGUGCUUAGUUUAUCAAAUGAGGCUUUUUGUUUUAGUGUUAAUAAUAUAAAUAUGUAUGUAUUCGAAUUAAAAAAAAAAAUUAUAUAUAAUAUGUAAGUCACGUCAA